AUGGUUCGCGGCAGGGUUUCGCACUCGCAACCGAGUCCAGUGCUUGCUCGUGUGAGGCGAUCUAGUAGACGUCGUAAGAGAGGCUUCUUUCUCCUCGUUAGCGCUGUAGGCAGCGCUUUCCUCAUCGGUCUUUGGCUUGGCUUGAAGCUCGUGUCGCAGUCGCAACGCGCCGCGGCAAGCACGUCGAUCACGCAACGGAAAGAGAGUCUCCGUCAGGUUUCCAUACCGAGCAUAGGGCGCGCUUCAGACGCCAGUUUAUGCGGUGUCCUGCCUGCUCCUUGUUCCGGCCACGGUGAGUGUCGCAUACAACAAGGCCUGCCUACGCUGUACCCGGCACCCGAAGGAAACGUCGCGCUCCCCAGUGAGCUUCCUCCGAACAGCGUUGCUUUCUGUGCGUGCGACGCAGGCUGGGCGCCACCGGCUUGCGAUCGUCCUUUAUGCCCUGGAGGCGGUCACUGCUCUGGAAACGGCGUUUGCUUGCAGGGAACCUGCGUCUGCGAGGGCGCCUGGGGCGGAGAGGCCUGCUCGGAGCUCCAACCGGGUACGGCGACGAUGACGACGGCAGCACCUUGUCCACGGGAUGCGGACACUGGACUUGUCUGUGGCGGUCCCCAGCGGGGCGCCUGUGUGUCCAAUGGCACUUGCGUGUGCCAUGCACCCUGGACCGGGACUUUGUGCGAAAAUCAAGCCUUCCGAACGGUCUAUGAGUUCGCGCGACGUGGAGCGGGAACACUCCAGCCCUGUCAAGUAUCCCCGUCACCGCAGGCAACCCCGUUCAUUGUCGCUGCAUUGCCACCUGCAGAAGCAGGCCGUCGGUGGCUGGGUUUCCAGGCACUGCUCAUACCAACGAAUCACGAGCCGUACUUCGGGACGAAGUUACCGUGGCUUUGUAUAGCGUACGAUUUGGCAGAGCGCUUAUCCAGCAACUCGAUUGUCAGUGCAUUCGACAUUGUGGUGACUCGGUGGAUCGAAAUGCUCAUUUCUGGUGAACGGGCUUGGCAACUGACUGCCGCAAUGUACGUGCCUGCGAACUGGACUCUGGACACGUUCCUCCCCCGGUACGUGAUGCAAAUACUGCCAAUCAAAAUCGGUGUACCGGUCCGAAUCGAGGAUGUGCGGAUUGAUGGAGAGGUCUCUUUGAUCAUAGCGAAUGACUCUGAGCGUGCUUCGCUGUUCAGUGCGCAGGUGACGCGCACCACCACCGCCACCCGGAAUGCAUCCUCCGUAUCCGUGGUAGAGGCGAUUGGUAUUGCUGCAAUGGGUGCGUUGACAUUCGUUGCGGUUCUAGCCGCAGUAUUCGGUAUCGAUGCAUGGUUGCAGCGACGUCGCCGCAGCCUGCAACACCAACAGCGCUACGCUGACGGAGAUACGUCCGCGAAUAGCAGUGCAGCGACGAGUCCACCAUUGCCACUGGGAACUGCGGACCCAGCGGCUAUGCCAUCGGCACCGCCCGCAGAUCGAGCACCAGACUCGACACCGCUCGGUAUGAACCUCGAGGAAUUGGUUACGAUAUCGCUGUCACCAGAGCGGCCUUGGAAGUAUCGCAGCUGGCGGCACCGAUAG